AUGUCGACGGAAGCCAGAAGCCCUAAUUCAAUUAUCUUUCAACGAUUGUGUCACAGAUUCGCUUUGGAUAAGAAGUUUUCUCUCUCCUUGAUGUGGCUGGGAGUGAUUCCUUGCCUGCUUGCAAUAAAUGGGUUCGUGAGUUCCAAUCUCCAUGGCAAACCAGGGGAUGUCCUCACGAACGAUUUUCCCCAAGCAGCUCUAUCCACACAAUCCGGCUACAUUGUGGUGAAUGUUUCGUCCCAAGCGCGUAUGUUUUAUGCUUUCUAUGAAGCGCUCGUCCCCGAAGACUCUCCUCAAGAUGUUCCCAUCAUCUUGUGGUUGCAAGGUGGUCCUCGUUGUUCGAGCAUGACUGGGAACUUUUACGAGUUUGGUCCUUGGCAAAUUGGGUCCGACAUGCAAUUGCACAAGAACAACUACACAUGGAAUACCAGAUAUGCAUUACUAUUCGUUGACAAUCCCGUCGGAACAGGAUUCAGCAUUGCGGAGAAGGACGACGACAUCCCCGUGGAUCAAGAGCACGUUGUUGUGCACCUUUUCACCCUUCUGACUGAAUUUUUCCAAUUGAAUUCACCCUACCAAUUGCGGCCUUUUUUCGUCGGGGGUGAAAGCUAUGGAGGGAAGUAUGUGCCUGAAUUGGGGUACUAUAUUAUGCUCAAAAUGCGUGGCCCAGCUUCAAUGUCCACCCUUCAGCGCUCGGAACAGAAUAAGAUUUCAUUUCGUCUGGAUUGA